GUAGUUGGAAGACCCCGCUCACGGCCUUAACGAGAGCCCCGGUAGCUCCAUAUGCUUGGAAAAUGAAAGGAAGACCAAAGGUACCGACCAGGAACGCUUCUGGGUCCGCGGGUACCUCGACAGGCGGAAGCGGAACGCGUUCGAAGUACCUCCGCUAUAUUGGCGUGUUUAUUCAGUGCUUUGUCUUUCUUGGAGGGGUGACUAUAGGGAUGGAUUUGUACGUGCUAUGGCCCAACGCUUCUCACGUACAUCCACAACCAGCGACUUCAGCAAGCAUACCUCAGAGUCACCUUUUGAGUCCCCACGCCGUACAUCUUUCCAGUCUCCAACAUGUUCUGGAAACCGAAACAAAGUCAGAAUACCUUUCCAAUUACCAUUCCCACUCACUACACGACCAGAAGGGCCACGAUCGUGUUCUUCAGAUGCUACAUAAAGCCAAUGUAACCUUGGAUGCAAAAACGAUGGCGCAGCUGCCCACUUGGUCACAGAUCGUGGCUCAGUACGGCCCCAACCCGGUCAUUUUCGGGCUCGACACGUGCACACAGUUCCGCAAUACGGUUCCGGAACUCCGUCGGAUGUUGGGAGCCGCCGGUAUGUUUUCGACCGGAACGAAUCUCGUGACGUCGCUACUGAAGAGCAACUGCCAGAUUCCCGCGCGUGUGGCGCAUUUUGGCGUCAACGCGACGAAAGAAGCGCACGGGAUGCGUUGGCAGGUUCCUUGGGGCAAACACACGCCGGCGUCCUAUCGGCUCGCGCACGCGACCGAAAAGGCCAAGGGGAUUGCGAAAGAAGACUUACUGCCAAUUGUUACUAUCCGGAAUCCGUGGCGGUGGAUGCAGAGUAUGUGCAAGAAUCCGUACUCUGCCCGUUGGCCACAUCAUCAAAUCUGUCCCCAUUUGCAAGAUAUUGUUGGAGAUGAUGCGAGUUGGAUUCCGGUGACGGUCAAGUACGGCGCCGCCGAAGAAUCGUACCAGAGUCUCGUGCACUUGUACAAUGAAUGGUAUGCCCUUUAUCGGGACGCCAGCUAUCCGAGGUUAAUCAUACGGAUGGAAGACUUGAUUUUUCGGGCCGAAGAAACCGUGACAGCUGUAUGCGAAUGUGCGGGUGGACUAAUUCGGCGCGAUCAACCUUUUCAACAACCACUGGAAUCGGCAAAAAAUGACUCUCCUGGGCACGAUACAAGCAUUGGAAUGGUGGAAGCAUGGAUAAAGUACAGUCAACCUCUGAGGCCAAAUGCAGGUUUCACUAAAGAGGACUACAAUGCGGGCAGCACAGCCAUUGAUCCGUUCUGGAUGAGUUACUUUCAAUACCAGAGUCCUCCUGUAUAG